UCUGUCUCUGUCAUCCCCACCUUGACAUCUCUGUUAUAUCUCAUCUUCUCAUUCUUUCUCUACCACCAAGAUCCAAAUCCCAAAUCCAUUUCUUUAUUUUUUACCUUUUAUAUCACAAAAUUUUGAUUAUAAAUUCCAAACACUGUCAAAACAAAUUCACUUCAAUAAUCUAUAGAUACAGUAGAUAACAACCUUCAAAGACAUGGCAGAGACCAAAACCUCUCCAGUGAUGAAGAUCAAACCAAAUUCCCAAGUUGCCCCUUCCAAGCCUAAGAUUACUGAUUCUUCAUCUCUCAGUAAGAGUCUCCCCAGCUCAAAUAAGAUGAAAUCUGUCACCACUGUCACUAAAUCUGAGGUUAAAUCGAAACCGACAACAAUAUCGUCGUCAUCAUCCAAAACAACGACCACGACAAAAACAACGAAGAGGAAAACUACUACGACCAAAGUGAGGGAGAGGAAAGCCUACAAUUUGCCUGGACAGAAACACGAUCCACCUCAAGAGAAAGAACCCUUGAGGAUUUUCUAUGAGUCGUUGUCGAAACAGAUACCGACAAGUGAAAUGGCGGAAUUUUGGUUAAUGGAGCAUGGAUUAUUGUCCCCUGAAAGAGCUAAGAAAGCAUUUGAUAAGAAGCAGAGAAAGCAAAAGGAGCUUCGUAGCGGAACUCCGGCUAAGUCAUCGUCAAAGCUGCCAACUAAAACCACAUCUUCACAGAAGCCGCAGCCGAGACCAAAUAAUACUGGAUCUACAGAGAAGCUGCAGCCGAGACCAAACAAUACUGGAUCUACAGAGAGGCCGCAGCCGAGACCAAAUAAUACUGGAUCUACAGAGAGGCCACAACCGAGACCAAGUAAUACUGGAUCUACAGAGAGGCCACAGCCGAGACCAAGUAAUCCUGGAUCCUUACAGAAGCCGCAACAGAAGUCAAAUAAUGGCGACAUUAAAGCCAAGAGAAAAAUCGAGAGUGACAGUGAUGAUGACGAUUUCAUUUUAAGUCAUAAAAGAAGAAGAGUUUAAGAAGUAAAGCCUCACAAUUUUUAUUUAAUAAAGGUUAAUAAAAAGGAAAGGAAAAGAAUUGUUGUAAGGUAACUUGAACUGUAAGAUUAAAAUAUUCUUCAUGUGUCAAACUUAACUGAUCCUACAAGGGACCAUACAAAAUAAUAAACUCAUAAAAACAAAGCAUCACACACAAACGCAAUGUAUAUAUAAAGAAGAAGCAAAAUAACAUAGAAACGACAAACAAAGUAAUCACAUACUAUCCAAGAAACAACCUUAUACCACCGAAUAUCCGACAUAAAAUGGAAGGAAAUUAUAAUGUAAAGAUGCAAAAUGCAUGAGAAAUGAUUAUUAAUGAUGAUCUUCACCAAAUUGUCCAAAAGGCAAAACUUUUAUGAGCCAAAUCAACAUUGCUAAGCGAAAAACUAUCAAAACUAAUGUCGAACCACAACUAGAACAACCUCAAUCAUGAAACAAGCAAAAACCGAAUUCCAAUCACAAAACAUUUUCACUAAGCUUGUGAAACGAACCUUAACAGACAU